UUUACAUUCUGUUUUGUUUCCCUUCUCUGCAUCAUCAAAGUACAAACAGAAUAGAAGAAUAUUAUCUCAUCACUAUCAUUGUCAUUGCAAAAUGCUGAUAAGAAGCUCCAUUUCCAACACCAAGAAGCUCCUGCAAAAGACUCUGCAGAAUUUCAUGUCACUCUUCUGUCAAGGUUACCAAAAGCUUCCCAAAACACCUCCACACAAUCACUUCUCGUGUUCUGUGGCUGCAACUACUGUCAUGAACAUGGAGUUGGAGAAGUUCUACAGUGACUUCACUGAGCAAUGGGAUUCAGAAAUAGAGAAAACAAGGAGAAGAACUAAGAAGAAAGCUGCAUUGCCAACUCCACUAGCAAAGCAAGAAGAAAACAAGGUAGAUAAUCAUGAAAGCUUCAUAAGCUUGAACAGAACAAGCCCUGCAAAACAGAGGAAUGAAAUGGAGAAAAUAGAGGAAUGUGAUGAUCAAGAGAAUAAAAGGAGCUUAACCCAUCAAAGGGGAAAACAGAAACAUUCAACCUUCAAUUCUAAGAUGGAGGAGAAACUGAGAGAGUUGGAGAAUUUGGACAUGAGCAAUGUGGACUAUGUGCUAGACAUUGAAGAGGUCCUUCAUUACUAUUCUCGACUCACUUGCCCAAUAUAUCUUGAAAUUGUGGAUAAAUUCUUCAUGGAAAUGUACUCAGAGUUCUUAAGUGGUCCUGUGAGGCCUGUUACACCUUCUAGUGUCAACUCUAAGAUGAAGCUGAGAUCAGUGAAGUCUUAGACUCUGCCUUUGUUCUGUUUGGUGUUUCUACAAAUGUGAAAUUGCUUUGUUCAAGUAUUUCGUUGAUCAAUGGAAUAAAUAGGCCUGCACUUAGAUAUCAAAGUCUAGAUUACAUUUUAUUUAAAAAUUGAUACGUUUCGGAAAAUGAAUGAAUGUUUUUGAGCUUCU